GUUUUUGCAUGAUAUUGCAGGCUGUAAUAUAGUUGGUUUAGUAGCCAGUUGAUUUGGUGUAUGUUUAAAGAUAUGUCGAAGACUAUGCAAAUUACAUUGGUCUUCAUCGUUUGUGUGUGUUUAACUGCCUCCAUUUCUGGGGUCCAGAACUGUGUGAUGACCACACAGAGAGUCAUAGCUGGUCAGGGGUCUGAUGUUCAUCUGAUUUGUAACUUCUCCCUGUGCGGCUCUCUGAAUCCCAGUGACAGAGACACAGUAGAAUGGUAUUUUCAGUCGAAUACAUCAAAUCCAGUGGAUCACAUCAUUGACCAAGAGACUCAGCCAACUAAGCAUUGGUCCAACGUUCGUUUCACUGGGGAUUUGUCCUUGGGUGAUUUCUCCAUUCUGCUGCAGUCAGUAGAGUCACUGAAACACACUGGAACAUACGGCUGUAGGCUCCGACUCAAUGGACACAUCCAUAAAAACUCCACAAAGAUCACCUUCAGAAUGACCAGGAAUAUCCUCCCUACAGAACAUUCUAAUGAGUCCAGUGACACUCGAUCACCAAGGCAACUGGCUGUGUGCUGUAUCACUAUUUUGCUCUUCCUGGUGGGCGGAGCAUUAGUGGGGAAGUGGGCGUGGCACAAAAUGACACUUCAAAGACCAGCUGUGCAAAGCUCUCCGAAUACUGAUGCUCCACCCCAGAGAAAUCUAAGUGCUGCUGAAGUCAAGGAUGCAAACAUCUAUGUGACACUCCAAAGGAUCAAACCAACUCCACAGCCUGCUCAGAGUUCUGACAGCAUCUAUGUCUCCAUGCGCUUUAAUCGGGACGACACACUGCAUCCGGGUGAGUUACCCCGCAAGAGAAGUGACCUGCCCGAAGAAUGGAGGACUGAGGAGACAGCAGCCUCAUCUGCUGAGGAGAACACUUCUGAGGAGCCCAAUGCUGAGGAGACCAAUGCUGAGGAGAUCGCUGCUUCGUCUUGGGCCUCCUCACUACCCAAAACAGAUGAUGCUAUUUAUGAAUGAAUGUAACGAAUGUAACCAGUCCCUGAAUUACCCAGGACUGCUCUGGUCCCUAAACUGCUGUAUUGAAAGUCCCACCUUGUGCACCAUGGACUUGGCUUGGCACACAUGGCUUGUUCUCAUCUGAACAAACAGUGAUAAGACUUCAUGAACACAUUUUAUCAGCAUUAUUAUCAUGUACACUACUAGUCAAAAGUUUGGAGUCACUUAGAAAUGUCCAUUCCACUCCAUUAUAGACAGAAUACCAGCUGAGAUCAUUUGCAUUG